UCGGACGCCGAGUGGAGAGGGAGCGAGCAGGAGGAGAGGAGGGAGAAAGGGACCAGGGGGACAGAGAGACAGACGGAGAGGGAGUCCAGGCCCAAAUAAAGCCAUGGGGGCCGGGGCCGGGCCGGGCCCCCUUUAGCUAUAAAUACGCUGGCUGUGUGGAGGUUCGGGUUUGGUGCCUGGGGCUUGAGACCGACCACCGCCACCGUUCCUGCUGCCGCUGCCUUCCUCAGGGGAGUCUCCUCCACACACACCCCCACCUCAGCCUGGGCAACGCGCUUCUGGGCGUCCAAGAUGCCUCGCGUGGAUUCGGACCUCAAGCUGGACUUUAAGGACGUCCUCUUCAGGCCCAAGAGGAGCAGCCUGAAGAGCCGCUCAGAGGUGGACCUUCAGAGGACCUUCACAUUCCGCAACUCCAAACAGACCUACACCGGCAUCCCCAUCAUCGCUGCCAACAUGGACACGACGGGAACCUUUGAGAUGGCGCAGGUCCUCAGCAGACACACCCUCUUCACAGCCAUCCAUAAACACUACUCUGUGGAUGAGUGGAAAGCCUUCGCCGCUAACCACCCAGAAUGCCUAGAGCACGUGGCCGCCAGCUCAGGCAGCGGCGCCACGGACCUGGAGAGGCUGUGCGCCGUCCUGGAGGCCGUGCCCGCCCUCCGCUACAUCUGCCUGGACGUGGCCAACGGGUACUCCGAGUACUUCGUGGAGUUCGUCAAGACGGUCCGAGAGAAAUUCCCCAAACACACGAUCAUGGCGGGUAACGUGGUGACAGGGGAGAUGGUGGAGGAGCUGAUCCUGUCCGGGGCCGACAUCAUCAAAGUGGGCAUCGGGCCAGGUUCUGUGUGCACGACCAGGAUCAAGACGGGCGUGGGCUAUCCGCAGCUCAGCGCCGUGAUCGAGUGCGCCGACUCGGCCCACGGACUGCGCGGACACAUCAUCUCUGACGGGGGCUGCAGCUGCCCGGGCGACGUGGCCAAGGCCUUUGGCGCCGGCGCCGACUUCGUGAUGAUGGGAGGAAUGCUGGCCGGCCACGACCAGUGCUCCGGAGAGAUCAUCGAGAAGGACGGCAGGAAGUACAAGCUGUUCUACGGCAUGAGCUCCGACACGGCCAUGAAGAAAUACGUGGGCGGAGUCGCCGAGUACAGGGCGUCCGAGGGGAGGACGGUGGAGGUCCCGUACAGAGGAGACGUGGAGAACACCAUCCGCGACGUGCUGGGCGGCCUGCGCUCCACCUGCACCUACGUGGGCGCCGCCAAACUCAAGGAGCUGAGCCGGAGGACGACGUUCAUCCGCGUCACACAGCAGUCCAGCCACAUGUUCUCCUAGCGGAGCUGCACAAGCUUUCACCCACACCAUGCGUAGUACUGUACUGUGAGGCCUGAGACGGUGGUGUAGCAUGUUGAGGAGGAACACACACACACACACACACACACACACACACACACACACACACACACACACACACAUUACCUCAGGAUAUCUGUGAUGUUCGUUUCCUGCAGGUUGUGAUUUAAUAAAGUCAAGGUUUGUGAUGAUCUCCCACCGCCCUCGGCCUCCGAGUGUGUUUACAUUCUCCAGCCUCCCAGUUUAACCGUAAAGGAUCCACUGCGCCGCUCAGGCUGGUGCAAUUAGAUCUAAUAUGUCUCAACGCGUCAGCUUGUAUAUGCACAUCAACAAUAUGAGCUAUGUGGGGCGCCGCGCUUGUAAACACACUCAGCAGGAGUCGGCGGACGCGCUUGUCGAGAUCGUCCGAGAUAUGACGCCGCUCCACGCGCCGCUGGGAUGAAUGUGCAAAUCAAUAUGCAAGUUCCAGAGGCGGCGCCGCCGAGCUGUUGCUGGAGAAACUACGCUGCAAUAAAAACGCAUGCAGAACCCUCA